AUGGCAACCUUUGGGCUAGAAAACGCUCGGAUUCUCUACGAAUAUAACACUAUUCUGAAGCUAUAUGACGAUAUUAUCGAUAUCGUUACUACGAGUAAAGAUGAGGAUAACGAGAACGAGGACGAGAACGAGGACGAGGAUAAGGAUGAGGAUAACGAGGACGAGGACGACGCGGAUAAGAACGACGAGGAUAAGGAUAACGAGGAUAAGGACGACGACGAGAACAACGACGGGAUACGUUACGAGUAG